AUGUCGUUGCGCUGUAUACUCGCGGUGCUGGCGUUUGCCGGAGCAACACUCGCUGGUCCUGAGGUCAAGGAACUCAAGGUCGACGUGGUCAGCGUUCCUGAAGGAUGCACCACCAAGUCCAAACAUGGCGAUAUGCUCACUAUGCACUAUACGGGCACCCUCGACGACGGUCACAAGUUCGAUUCCAGCUUAGACCGUGACCAACCAUUCACAUUCCAACUCGGCGUCGGACAAGUCAUUAAGGGAUGGGAUCAAGGUUUAUUGGACAUGUGCGUUGGUGAGAAACGUAAGCUGACCAUCCCGUCCUCCCUCGGAUACGGCGAGCGCGGAGCCGGUAACGUCAUCCCCCCUCACGCUACCCUCCACUUCGAAGUCGAGCUCAUCAACAUUGGUGACUCUCCCCCAACUACCAACGUCUUCAAAGAAAUCGACUCUGACAAGGACAAUAUGCUCUCCAGAGAAGAAGUCAGCGACUACCUUAAAAAACAAAUGGUGCCAUCAGACGGUGCUGAGAUCAGCGAAGACAUCAAGCAGAUGUUGGAGAACCACGACAAGUUAGUGGAAGAAAUCUUCCAACAUGAAGACAAAGAUAAGAACGGCUUUAUAAGCCACGAAGAGUUCUCUGGACCAAAGCACGAUGAACUC